AGAUGAUUUGUUUGUAUAUUAUAUGCAUGUCAAGAUAUACAAAGUACAAUCGAAAAUAUAUAAUCAUGAAAAAUUAAUUCUGUAACUGUUUAUUUUCGUAAAACGUUUCUUUCUCAAUUUUUUUUAUUCUUUGAAGGAAAAGGAAGAUUAUACAUACAAUAAAAUAUAUUUCGUAGAAAUGCUUUUAUAAUUUGGAGGCAAUACAUUAAAAACAUUACAAUACUAUGUACUUUAGAAAAAAAGUCAAUAAACAAAACAAUUACUAAUAACAUAAUUGUGAAUGUGUAAUAACAUGUUUAAAUUAUAAUAAUAUUUUUGAUGUUAGUACAAUAAAAAAUAUCAAGUUUAAAAAAGGGUUUGGUUAGAUCUAUUGCGUAUUCAUUGAUAUAUAUAAAAAUUCUACAAAUAUCUAAAUUUAAUAACAACAAGAAUAUAAAUUUUGAUUAAAUUAAUGAAUUUUUCAGGAUGACUGAAAAGUCUGGAUGCGGUGAAUUGCAACAAUUGGUUCAAGAAGAAGAAUGUGAAGAACCAUUAAGUCAAGGUGGAGAAGCUACACCACCUUCCACACCAGCAAGAUCUCAUCAUCCAAGUAAAAAUGAUACACAUAGUUCUCAUAUAUCGCAACAAGUAUUAUGGGAAACUAAUGUACAAACAUCACCAAUUAUUAGUAAAGGAAGUUCUGGUCAGGCAACAAGUCAAGGAUCUAUGGUUUCUGGCCGUGCUGUGAAUCUUUCAAAUCAUGGUAAUCAGUCACGUCUAAUGUAUAUGAAUGAGAAGGAAAAGCAAAAACCAAAUCGACCAGAACUACCAAAAAUAAAUCGUCAACAUAGAGCUAUGGCACCAUGCAAACAUCAUUGCUUUUUGUCAGAGGUUCCUGAUGUUCGUCGUAUGGAACAAGCUUUAUUACAACUUCUGGAAGAUUUCCAUAGUGGUAAUUUACGAGCAUUUGGAAAGGAUUGUAGUAUGGAACAAAUGACAGAAAUACGAGAACAACAAGAGCAAUUAGCUAAACUUCAUUUUGAGUUAGGUCAAAGACAAGGAAUUGGUGGAGAACAAUCAGGUUUACGACAUUCAAGUGCUAAUAUGAAUAAUUUGUUGGAAUGUCUUCAAGAGCUUAGUGUUUGUAUUGAAAAAUUACAUAGCAAGUAAUUGUAAAAUAUUUAUAAUAUAUACAAAAUUUAUUUAAA